GUGCGUCUGUAGCUGUUGCUGUCCAAAUGCAUAAUUUUGACUCCGGUUUUGUUUACGUAGAUCCUGUUUGCUUUGUUGUGGCAAUUUUUUUGGUGUGUUUCUGGGUAAUUUUGGCGGGUAUUAUGUUGUUAUUUAAAUUUAUAGAAAGUAUUAACUUUGUUCUUAAACCUGCCAUUAUCAUGGCAAAGAAUAGUCAUCGAUGUUUUGAGACGGCAUGUGCGAAUAAUGUUCAUGUCAACCCAGAUGUCUUCGUCUUCAGACUGUCAAGGGCUCCAGAAAAGUUGAUGAAAUGGCUUUCUGCUGUCUCGAAAUUUGCAGCUGGCAUUCCUUCCAUCAGUGAUCCAAAUGAAGCACUUACAUAUUCAUCAAAGUUCAUUUGUGCAAAUCACUUCAUUGAUUCAGAUUUUGUGAAUGAAAAGAAGGAAAAAUUAAACCACCAUGUUUUGCCCUCAGUUUUUGAUGCAGCGCUUGCCUCAUCUUUAUCGCUAAAAGUAACAACUGAAAGUGUGGUGCAGCCAUCAGUUUUCCAGUACCAGACAACUUUGUCUCCAUCCUCACCACAUGUUCUGCCUGUUAAGCAUGCUUAUUCAAAAAUUUCUACUUUGCCAAAUGUAGAGAAGAGUACUAAUUCUGACUCCUUUAAUGCAUUUGUCAACAACAGUAUGUUCUUGCCGUCUACAUCAUCUACACCUGUACGUCCACCGAAAGCACGUUGCAGACUGCAAAUGACAGAUCCUGUAAUGUGCUCCACCAGUAGAGAUGAGGUCUCAGAAGAACUAGCUGUGCAAUUGAUUGAUACAACAGUUGAAUCAGUUCAGACACCACUGUACGUUAAGAGCAAAAAAUGUACAGGAACAACUCUUCUGAAAACCUACGGUGUUUCAAGGAUGUCUAUGUUGACACCAAAGAAACAGAAAAUACUAAGACAAGUUCAAGGGAAAGUGAAAGCCAUGAAACGUGUUUGCAAACAACUAAGAAAACAGAAUUUGACUUUUCGUGAAACUGUAGAUAAGGCAGCUGACCUUCAGCUUAGAGAGCUCAAGAAUAUGUCACCUGCAGCCUAUCAUCUCCUAGCAUCACAGCUACGCUUCAAAAAUAUGAAACCCCAAGGAAGACGUUGGACAGUAGAUGAGAAGAUUUUAGCUAUUUCCAUUUACAAAAGGAGCCCUUCGUGUUACUCUCUUCUUCGACGCAUGCUUGUUUUGCCAUCCAAGAAAUCAUUAUUGAACUUGCUGAAUGCUGUACCCUUCAAGUGUGGUGUUGACAACCGAGUAAUGCUCCUCAUCAAAGAAAUUGUUUCAUCACUUUAGUCUCCAGAUCGUUAUUGCAGACCUGCCAACUCUCACGAUUUUGGUGUGAGGCUCACGAUUUUAAGGUCCAUCUCACGCCCCCACACCAAAAUAGUGUUUCCUCACGAUUUUUCGGGGCCCCGAGAUUUUGUUUGUAAAAGUUACAAAACAAGUUUUACGAAAGCUUACAGUAACGAGUUUCCAUCAAUACUCGAGUCACGUAAAGGAAGCAAUUUUGCGUUUUGUAGCGUGUGCCGUGCUGAUUUUUCUAUCUCGCAUAGUGGAAGUGGAGACAUUGUGAAACAUGUCGCUAAAAAAAACACAACUAACACAUGAAGUGUAUUGCUUCCAAUAAAAAAUUAAAUUUUGCUGUGAACAGUGAUAAUAGUGUUACACGAGCAGAAUGUUAUUUUACAUCUUUUUUAGUUGCGGCCCUGCAUGAUCACUACACGACAGCGCUAAAUUAUGUUCAACUAAAUUAAAUCUGCAACCUAUAAUUUGUUGAAAUAAAUUUUGAUGCAGAGACCAUGUAAAUUUAUGUACAGGUAUGUCACUUAAAUUUAAAGAUUCUCAUUUGUUGUUUUUUAUAUCUAACAUGUAUUUAUGGGCCAGAAAAUUUUUAUCGAGGACCUCAUGAUUUUUUAAAUUUGAAUGUUGGCAGGUCUGUUAUUGUGCAUUAAUGUUCGAUGAAAUGUCUUUGAAAGAACACGUUCAAUAUUGCCCUAAAGAGGACAAAAUUGUGGGAUUUGUUAACAGUGGCAGCUCUCGAUGUGCUGAUUGGGCAAACUAUGCUAUGGUGUUCAUGUUACGAGGUCUAAGGAAGAAGUGGAAACAGCCAGUUGCCUGUUAUUUCACACAUGGUGGCAUGAAAGGUGGAAAACUGAAAGCUGCAGUUGAAGAAGUACUAGCUUGCUGUUUCGCAGUUGGUUUAAAUAUUGUUGCCACAAUUUGUGACAUGGGCACCAACAAUGUGUCAGCAGCUUGGAGCAAAAUUUCCAGACCCAGUGUUUCAUUUCAUUGGACAUGAGAUUGCUGUUGUUUUUGAUCCGCCACAUCUAUUGAAAUGUACUAGGAACAUGUUUCUUUCACACAUAGUGAGGGGUGUGAAUGUUCGUGGGGAGAUACCAAUCACUGGUGCUGCCAGGUGGGAACACAUUGAAAAAAUGUACGAGGAAGACAAGAAAUCAAUUUUCAGACUAGCACCAAAAGUUACUGAAGGACAUCUGGCUCCAACUUCAAGUGAGCGAAUGAAGGUAUCGACAGCAGCCCAAGUCAUGAGUCACACUGUUGCAGCAGCUAUCCACAGUUUUGUCAGUAGAGGUGGGUAUCAAAUAUUUCUUUCUAUAUUCUGAAUCUGGUAAUGUAAAUUUAAUGGGUAGCAAGGCUUCAGCUUAUUUAUUAAUUUAUCUGGAAAUUAAUUGAUGACAGCAGCAGUCAUUUUAUAUUUGUGAAACAUUAUGCCAUCCUUACCUAAGCCUCACAUCAGGACUGUGUUCUUGCAAGCAAUUUUUAAAAAUGAACAUUUUAUAUUUCACACAUAUUAGUAUGUCAAUAUAAUUUACUCUGUAGGCUGUAAAAUUCCCAAGAAUAGCAUUUGAAUUUUUUUUUUUCCACCUAGGCUAUUUUACAGUAAAACAUAAGCUGCCUGUUUUAUGUUUGUUUAGCCAUGUGGCACUUGUGUCAGAUUUAACAUUAAUUUGGUAAUUUGCUACUGUAAAGAAUGUACCUCCUCAAAUGUAAUAGUAAGACUCUGAUAGUUGAUGUCUUAGCAUCUGAUAUCUUUUUGAUUUCAGAAUACGAAUAAAAAAAAUGUUGGGACUAGAAUUAUGAUAAGGGAUGUUUUAUGAUCCUGUUUUGCCUAUAGGUUAAGAAUAACAAAUGUCAGGAAUUUUUACAAACACGUCUAACUUUCACCUUUUUUUCACAGUACUUGAAAUGUAGCUGACCUAAAAUAACAAACUAUUACCAGUUAAAAAAAAAAAAUCUUUAAUGUAACUAACCUAACCAAACACUUUCACAGUUUCGUAGCUUUUUAAGGUUGCUAACCUAACUAAUCAUUAAACUAAGUAACCAUUAAACUGGUAAACAACUUUCAGUAAAGUAAUUACUAGAAAUUUUAAAAAAUAAACAUAUAUAUAUUUACAUAUUUUUUUUAGGUGGCAACCCUUGUUUGUACAUAUACAUUGUACAUGUUUCAUAGAAGUAAUACUGAUUGUGUUCUCUUUCAGAUAUACUUCCUCCAGAAGCUACUGUGACAGCAUCGUUUGUAGCUGAUGUCGAUGAAUUGUUCGACAGUUCCAACGGUUCUGACAGAUAUCCCGACGCUGGCAAGCCCCUCAGGUGCUGCUUGUCGGAGUCAAGUCCACAUUUAGAGUAUUGGCAAGAAAAAGCUAAAAGCCUCAUCCACAACUGGCAGUUUUGCACUGAUCCUGUUGCUGACCGGAGGUUAAGGCGUGAGAGAAAACAAAAACCACCACCAUUGAGACCAGGUAAGAAACGAUGCACUGUCUCACAUCCACCUUCACAGUGGGGUUGGAUAACGUCCAUCAAUGCAGUCAUCAAUGUUUGGAAUGUUGUAUCAGAAGCAGGCUUCAGCUAUUUGCAGCUGCGAGCACUUAAUCAAGAUCCACUCUAAAAUCUUUUUGGGUCGAUUCGUUCGUAUUGUGGUGCAAACACCAAUCCAACUUGUGUUCAGUUUGCUGCUGCUUUGAAAACUGCCAUUGUUAAUGGAUUGGCUUUCAAGAGUUUCUUGGGUAACUGCCGAAAGGAUGAUGCCAAUAUUUUAAAUGAUUUGCGGUGUUUCUUUGUAUCUGAAUGUCAAGGAAGUGAACAAGAUUCAACUUGUGACUAUACAAAACUUACAUCAGAUAUGUUACACAGUGCUGUAAAUGGAAUUGACUGUGCAGUUGAAACAGGAGAUGCAUCCAUUCUGUCAUCAGCAUAUGUUGCAGGGUUUAUUGCCCACAAGCUGUUGGAGAAAGUUAAGUGUGACAAGUGUAAAGUGUGUUUGUUAGGAAGUAACAUUGAUUUUUGUAAUACUGGUGUAAGUUUCAAAGAUUAUUCAAGUGUGUCUGACAGUCUGACCUAACCCUCUAAGAACUUGGUCACUUUUGUUGCAAAGUUUGCAAAUAUAUUUGAAGAAUUCAUGGUUGUCAACUGCCACAUUGAUAAUCUUUUGCUGUCACUAUCUCAGCAUGUUCUGGAUAUUGUUAGUAUGCCAUGGCUUGAAGAGACUGCCUGCGAACAACAUUCAGAUUAUCUUCAAAAGGGUAUUGUAAAAGCAGCUGCAGAAAUCUCGGUGCGCUGGUGGUGCAAACGUAUGAAUAGAAAAUUGAUUGCAACAAAGAAGAGUAAACAGCAGUACAGAAAAAUUAGCAUAUUAACACACAAGUAAUUUUGAUUAUUGAUUCUCUGUUCAGUAUGUUAAAUGGCUGAUAGUUGAUAGAGAGUGGUGUUGGAGGGCCCCUGACCUCCCCAGCUUUUCACGAGUGUUUUCCAGUUGUACAAUAGAUCAGCUGAUUAUUUGGUUGAAUGUCAUGGUGACCUAGUUUAGUUCAUUAAUUUUUUUAGCAUUUGAAAUACUCUUGUAACUAAUUUUUAUAUUUAUUAUAUGCAGUAAAGGCAUUGUACUAUGUUUUUACAAAUUCUUCAGGUUAUUAGGUAGAAUAUUUUUAUAUAAAUGCAUUUAUCAGUAUUUUAUCUAUUGCAAUAUUAUUUUCAUAACUAUAUUGUUAUGUUUGUAGUUAUUUAGAAGCUGCAAUUAUGUUUCCUGAGAUUGUUAUUUGUUUUGGUAAAAGGAAGGAUGGGGGUGGUACCAAAUUUUUAUACUUCUUUUUUGUAUGCAGGAUUUUGACAGUUUCCGUAUGUGUUCUUAUAAUGGGAAAAAGACAGAUGUUUGUUCACUUUGUUCUCAUGGGAUACGGUAAAUCAAUAAGUGGUUAUGAUUUUAGAAUUAUUCAAUUACAAUAGGGAUUUGUAGGUAACUAAUGUUGGAAAUUUUUAUACCAGGAAAUUUUUGUACCAAAAAUGAGUGGUGAUCAUGAUCAGUUGAAUUGGAAAAAUUAAAUGAAUUAAAAUUUACAAAUGUCAUGGCUGCCAUUUGAGUUUUACUUUUUACAGACAUUUUCUUUUUUCUUUUUUUAAUAAUAACAGAAUGCUGAUGUCAACAAUUCAUUUGCGUCAUGCAGUUUGUAUUGAAGGAAAGUCUCCAACAGUCUACCAGUGUACAAAUCCUCAAGUGAAUACUAAUGAUCUGCUAAUAUCAAUGUUGUUAGUGGAACUUACGUGUACUUUUCUUCACCAACUAUAGUGGUUGUGCAAUCAGUGGUCUGCAUUUCCUUAAUGUGUCUGCCAAACUCCAUCACAUCAUUACAUUCAAGGAGUACAUUAAGUAAAAAUUGCUGUGAAAGUGGCUAUGUCUCUGUCAUAAUGUCAAAUUAUUGCUGUGUAUGUUUGAGCACUGGUCCUUUAUUACUAUUGCAGUAUUUUUUAAUAUAUUUACAUAUUAUGUAGACAAAACUAUUUUUCCACUUCAUGUGUGUAAGCAGUUGAAUAGUAUGUGAAUGCAUUCAUUACAAUGAUAAUUAAUAUGGGAGUAGUUGCUGGUAAGUCUAGCAUAAUUUUAAUAUUAUAAAACAUUUAAUGUUUUUUUUAAGCUAUAUAAUUUAUGCAAAGCUUUUAAAACUGGACAGAACAUAUAACUUCACAGUAUUAAUGGUGCAGAUUUUAUCAAUAUGAACAUAAUGAAAUUUAUCUUAAAUCAUUUUUCAGAAUGAGACAAAUACUUUACUAGGUCAAGUCUUUGUGCAGAAAAUUUGAGGGGGAAAAAAUACAAUCUGUACAAUAGUAAUAUGGUAUAAUAAUCACACAGGGAUCUGUCUGAAAUUUGAGGUGGGGGUACAUUUUAUAAUGUUUGUGUAUACAGUAGAGUCCCGCUAAUCCGAAAUUCCGCCUAAUCCGAACAGGGCUAGGACGAAAAAAGAAAUAUUUUUAUAACAAUUAUGAACCUUGAAAAGCAAAUAAAAACAAGUUUUUUUCAAGUAAUGUCUUACGUUUAUUAAUAUGCACAUAAGAAAAUUAUGAUUUAUCUAUUUCUCCUUCAACUAAAAAGAAAAAAAUAUGAUUACGUACAUAGUACUUAAAUAUUUACGUAUUUAUAUUAUGCUAAAUACGCUAAAUAAUAAAGGUGUGUUUUGUGUCUGAUCUUUAAUAUUUGACACAUCAGAUGUUAAAUAGGUAGCCCACGCCUCAUAAAGACCAUAAAUGGCAUUAUAUAAGAAAAUUCCGCCUAAUCCGAAUUUUCGCUAAUCCGAACAGGGUUCGGUCCCAAUUAGUUCGGAUUAAGGGGCCCUCUACUGUACAUAACUUUGACCAUUUUUAUUGCACAUUUAUUUCUUUCUACUUUUUAUUUAAGGCAUUUCAGAACUGCUUUGCAAAAAAAAGAUUCAAGAUAAAAAUACCUAAAUUAACAUGUAAUCAAUUUUUAAAAAUUGUAAAUUUAAUAUUCCUUCCUUGAUAUAAAACAUCUUGCCAGACCGUAGAGCGUAUUGUAUAUCCAUUCUCAAAAGUUGUUUCACAUUUUUCUUCUGUAACUUAGCAUAAUUUACAUUUCGUGCUAGUGCAUAUGCAUACAAAAGAGUAAAAGCACAUGUAUGUGUGUUUUUUGAAUGUGUUUUGUUUUAAAUUAACUUGUUCUGUGAAACUUCAUAUUAUAAAAAAAAAAAAUAUAUUUCUUCCACAAUAAAAGAACAUGACCUGACUUUCAAACUAAUUUAAUUUAUUACCUACAAAAUUAACAUCAUCUUAAGUCAUUUUAUGAUUUUAAGGAAAACAAAAUUUUAUAUGUAAAAAUGUUUGGUUCAAAGGUUUCUAUUCCAUCAAAUCCAUUCUCAUUUACAUAUCCUUAUGGUUGAUUACAGGAUAAAUUUUUUUUUGGUAACUAUGUCAAAAUUCCCAUUAAAUAUCACAAAUGGAUCUUUGGUAACAAUCAAGAAAUAUUAAUAAUAUGUAUUUGUGAAAAAUUUUAAUUUAUUGUAACAUUUUUAUUUGUUAAAAUCUAUAUACAUUGCUGCUGCCAUUUAAAAAAAAGUUUUUUUUUUUUUUAAAUUAUUUUGGCUUAGUUAAUAAAUUAGAGACUUUUUUUUUUUUGCAAUUGUGUAAUGCUUCCACUUGUACAAAUGAUUGUAAUCAGUUGUAUUGAAAAUAUUCUAUGAACAUUGAUUGAUGUAGUUCUUUGUCGUUUGAGUUUAAUUUUUUUUACAGAUAUUUUCUUUUGCAACUCAUAACAGAAUUUUGGUGUGCAUAAUUUUUCAUGGAAAAAUCGUCAGGCAAAGGCCAAAAUCCUUUUCAAUCCACUGCAUCGAUUAACUGUGCCAUGAAGAUAGUAUGGUAUGAAUAAAAUAUUGAGUUAAUGUAUGUAAAAUUGUAUUAACAAACAUGUGUCUGAAAUAAAUUUACCUGAUUAAUAUA